AAGGCUGGACGGCCCCCCCCUGCGAAGAUGAUCUCAUGUAGGAAGCUCUGUUGGCGCUAUCAUGUGUGGACCCUGGGCUGCUACAUGCUGCUGGCCAUCAUUGCUCUGAAACUGUCCCUCAGACUGAAGUGUGACUUUGAUGUCGUGGAUCUUAACUCGAAGGAAUUUCAAAGCCAGCACUGCAGGGACUUCCUGUACAAGACCCUGAAGCUGCCAGCAAAGAGGUCCAUCAACUGUUCCGGGGUCACUCGAGGGGAGCAGAAAGCAGUGAUCCAGGCUUUGCUGAAUAACCUGGAGAUUAAGAAGAAGCGGCAGCCCUUCACAGAGGCCGACUACCUUAGCAUGACAGCAGACUGUGAGCAAUUCAAGACCAAAAGGAAAUUCAUACAGUUCUCGCUGAGUAAAGAAGAGGCCGACUUCCCCAUCGCGUAUUCCAUGGUGGUUCAUGAGAAGAUCGAGAACUUUGAAAGGCUGCUGCGCGCGGUGUACACCCCUCAAAACAUAUACUGUGUCCACGUGGAUCAGAAGUCCCCAGAAACUUUCAAGCAGGCAGUCGGGGCCAUUGUGUCAUGCUUCCCAAAUGUCUUUAUAGCUAGUAAGCUGGUGUCAGUGGUCUAUGCUUCCUGGUCCAGGGUGCAGGCUGACCUGAACUGCAUGGAAGACUUAGUCCAGAGCUCUGUGCCAUGGAAAUACCUCCUGAACACCUGUGGGACAGACUUUCCCAUCAAGACCAAUGCUGAAAUGGUCCAGGCCCUCAAGCUAUUGAAUGGGCAGAACAGUAUGGAGUCAGAGGUACCACCCCCACAUAAAAGGUUUCGCUGGGAAUAUCACUAUGAGGUAAAAGACACAUUGUACAAUACCGGCAAGAGAAAGACCCCUCCGCCUUAUAACAUAACCAUGUUUACUGGGAAUGCCUACAUGGUGGCUUCUCGAGACUUCAUUGAACAUGUAUUAACCAACACCAAAGCCCAACAACUAAUCGAAUGGGCAAAAGACACCUACAGUCCUGAUGAGCACCUUUGGGCCACCCUCCAGCGUGCCUCUUGGAUGCCUGGAUCAGCUCCCUUGCACCCCAAAUUUGACCUCUCAGAUAUGAGAGCUAUUGCAAGGCUAACCAAAUGGCAGGACCACGAGGGAGACAUCGAGGAUGGGGCGCCGUACACACCUUGUUCAGGAGUCCACCAGCGGGCUGUCUGUAUUUAUGGGUCUGGGGACCUGCACUGGAUACUUCAGAACCAUCACCUCUUGGCCAACAAGUUUGACCCAAAGGUGGAUGAUAAUGUUCUUCAGUGUUUAGAGGAAUAUUUACGUCACAAAGCCAUCUAUGGGACUGAACUGUGAGACAGACUGCAGGACAAUCGCUGCCUGUAUGGCGGGAAAAUGCCAGG